AUGAGCGACCGCACUUCCCAUGCUGGCUCGACCAGUGCCUUGACGGCUGCAACACCACCUUCCACCACAGCUGCCAUCCUCGGCGCAAGCACAAAUGGAUGGUCGCCUCUCCGAACCGCAAAGCGAGGCUCCACUGUGACAUACUCACAGUCAUCCCCCGAGCAUACCAACGAAGAUCAUCCUUCCCUUCAUAGCCCAAAGAAACAGACACAGAACUUCAAGUCGCUGCGCAACCACGGCCUCGUCUCAAACAGCAUUUUCAAACAGAUCGAUGGUGGAAGCCAGCCGAGCUCUCUCACCAACUCACCACGUGGCUCCCCUUCGCGCAAACCACCCACAUCUCCAUCAUUCGGACUCGGUAUCGGCAUCUCUAGCUCUACCCAGACUACUCAACACACUUUAAAAUCCAAUCUCUCGGAUGCUGAUGAUGACGCUGAGAACAGCAAUCCAUUCAACCUCUACGCCACGGUCCCAUCAGCAAAAGGUCCACAACGUAAACUGCCUCGCAAGAGCUUGGGUAGGCUCCACGAGUCCAACUACGUCAGCAACUCGGUCUUCCGCCAGCAACAUGGAGAAUCAGAUGAACUCUCCUCUCCCUCUUCUCCACUCACUCCUUCUCGCGCAGCGGUCCAGCAGGCACCCCAGAGCAGUCCUGCUUCUGCCUCAAGGGGCCUCCUCGUCUCCAACCGACUGCACGGUCCACGUUUCAUGAAUGACUCUCCGCAAGGCUCUAUCAUCGACUCGGGUCUCAGAUCCGAGCUGUCUAGUCCCCUACGCAAUGAGCGCAGAAAGACUGUCACUUUCGACGAAAUUCUCGACGUACAGGAGUUCGACAAGGAGAGCAGCUUCGACGCUGAAAGCCUUCGCGAUACCGAAGACCACGAGCACGGACAAGCAGAUACCGACUUCUGGACGCAGCAGGGUGUUGCCACCGCUUCCGAAGCGCCAAUGCGUCAGCUUCAAGUGGUCAACGGCGACGAUGCACAUGCUUCAUCCGACGAGGCCGCCGAAGUGAUUUCAGCAGAGUCGGAACCCGAUCUCUCACACGAUAGCAACGAUACUUCCUCCAUCGAAGGCCCCCCCAGUCCCACCGCUGGCGAUGGCAGCCUUGAGCUUCAGGAUUUGUCCCUCCAGCGCACUCUCGCAGCUCAACGUUCUUGCACUGACGAGCAGGGCUUCCCUUCCGAGCGAGAAAACAGCUUUGCUCGUCUAUCGGCUGCGGAUCGCGUCGACAGCAUGAUGGAUGAACUGCUCCGCGACGAUAUUCUGAGCAACCCUAGCGUGCGUUCUCGAGAGACUUCAGCAGGCGAACAAGAGGCUCCAGAGCCGCUGUCAGGUCGAGUCGAGACCACCGCCAACCCUCCACGUCUGGAACAAGCAGCGCUGCCGCAACUUCCAGCCUGGUCCCCCCUCAGUCUGGACGUCGAUGUCGCUGCUCCUCUGCUCGGUGAUUCGGGUCGCAGUCGCACAGAGCCGCAGAUCGCUCAAACGUUGGUUCCCAUCCCCCCACCCACCACCCGCAACGGAUCUGUUCGUGGCCGACCACACAUUUCGCGUGAUGCCAUCCUUCAGCGUGUCGCCAGGGAGAAGCUCAACCAGGAACAAGCAAAGUCGGAGCAUGUGGAGCUCGAUAACCAGACGCAGUCACCAGUAGACCAGCAGUCGACUACUGUGGACUCAAACGCAGUCAAGCGCAGCGUCAUCCAGCAAAGGCGCAUGCCGCGUGGUAGCGAGCCUGGUCCCUCCACGGUUUCAGCCGAAGACGCACCGCCAACGCAAGACAAAUUUGCGACAGCAGCUCGCCCCAGUGCCCCGCUUCAUCAGAUACCCACCAAACUAUUUGCUACCGAGACCAAGCCCAUCCCGUCUCCGAGCCCCGUCAGAGAACUCGAGAAGCUCGAGAGUGCUCUCGACCUGCUGGGCAUGGAACUCAAGAUGACGGCAGACCUCGACCCUCAAAGCGCAAACAACAAUGCUAAAGCAAGUGCACCUCCCCUGCUCGACUCAUUCGGCACCGAGAGCGGCGACACCACCUUCACCAACAUGCUCGAAGUUUCCACUCCUCAAGCUGACCCUGCGAGUACCGCUUCCGCACAUCUGACCCCAGCCCAACACGCCGAUCAAAUCAUCGCUCGACGCCGCAGCAAAAACGGCAAAGGCCGUCGCAAAAGAAGCAUGAGCACCAGCGACGCACGUCCCAUCUUCACGGCCGCCGUAGCUGAUGCUGUCGUCGACACUGACAAUACCAGCACGUCGACCACGUCCGAAUCGAGCGGCGAAUCUCUAGACGAGCAGGUUGAGCUUCCCACGCGUCAGAGCAUCAGCGCCGACCUCGCAAAGAGCAAGGCAAUGCUCGAUGUGAGCCUCCAGCGAGCCAUCGAUGGUGGUUUCCAGACAAAUAUGGAGAAGGAGCUCACUCGGAUCUACCAAAAGGGCGAUUCCAAUUACAAUGUUAACGACCGUGGAGCCUUCAAGGGCAUCGACGACAAGGUCACGCACACGGCAGCCGCGGGUGAUGUCGAUAGCGGAAAAGCCUGGAAGAAGCUGCGUAGGCCCAGUGAUAUCAACGAAUACAAAAAGGAGAUGCGCGAGAUUCGUGAAGGCUCCAACGCUCGCAAGGCUGCGGGCAAAGUAUUCGUCAUGGUGGAUUCGUUCACCCCAACCGACCUUCCUGUGCCCUCACGCCCGACCUCGUUCCACUGCAUCCUCGACAAUGGCCUCCACAUGGUCAAGACGGCUACCGUGCCACUUCGGGCUGGACGCAACGUUGUCAGCAGGAUUGCACAAGAAUUCGAGCUUAUCCAACACAGGAACCUCGAAUUCAGCUUGACGCUCGUGGUGCAGCGCGACGCCCAUCUCAUGGAGCCGCAGCGUCCUUCGUCGCCUACACGACGCGAGCACGGCAGUCCCACGCUGAAAAGCUUCAGUCGCUUCUUCAGUAGCCCCAAGAAGCAAGCAGCAAAGCGAGAGCAGCAAGAGCGUGAAGCAGCCGCAGAGCUUGCCGCUCAGGCCUCGCGAGCUGAACCGAUGCUGGCGUACAUCAACCGCGAGGGCGCCUUUGGUCGCACCGGCGUCAUCUUUGAGCGUGUGGCCAGCCAAUGCUAUGCACGAUGCAUGGUGCUCGAUCUUCCUGUACACGGUGUUUCGAACCCGACCGGGAGCAUUUCGGGCCCUUCGAGCAUCGCAUCGCGCUCGCACGUCUCGAUGCUGUCGCAAGACUUCCGUCAGAACCUGAGCAAAGUGCGAGGAACGCUCCGUCUCAAGCUAUUCUACCUACCGCCUCUGCCGAGUAUCUCUCGCGACAACCUCCCGGACAAUCUAGGCGAUUGCAUUCGCGGGAUGCAAAAUGCUGCUUGGCACAGGUCCGAGCCGUGGCAGACGGGCACUUUGACCCAGCUGGGCGGUGAUUGCGCCAGCUGGCGUCGUCGUCCGGUACAGGCGCAAGGACAACACCUGAUCUGCUUUAAUUCAGUCACGAAGAAGCCCACAGUGAAGAUCGACCUUUCGAAGGCGGUCUGUGUCGAAGAAUUGGGCAACCACGUCAAUGCAGGCUCGAUGAUCUUCCCUUCAGGUGCAAGUCAGGCAUUGGGCAGGUCGAGGACCAUGGCAUCGUAUGCGACGACGGCAACGCUGGCGGAGGAAGAGGACGCCGAUGCCAACUACCACGUCGACAGGUCGUUCCGCAUCACGUUUGCCGACGGCGAGCGCAUCUCUUUCUUUGCCGACACUGAAGCCGAAAAGUCGAAGUGGGUCAAGGUGAUCUCGGACGUCAUCGAAAGCGAGGUGCCCCCCAAUCCGCUGUGGGCUCAGGCAAUCUUGGAGGAAAUCAGUUCCCGAGCAUCGAGCAACAACGACAACGUCAAUGCCACCCGCAAGCCAAGCCAGCAGUUCCUGCAAUCUCGCAAGGCCGUUCCGACUGUUCCCGAAGAGGACCCUUCGACUCCACCAUCGGUACCGGCGGUCAGCGCUGGUUCGGCCGGAUCUCGAUCUACAGCUCCCACUCUCGACCAAGCUAGCCGUAUCUCAAACAUGUCCAACACGUCUCAGAGCACCACACCAUCGCGAUUGCCCGUGAGAGCGCCUCACAACUUUGCCGUUUCGACACCAACGCCAGAGCGAGGCUCUGUACGUGGAUCACCUCUGGCGCCCAGGCCCGCUUCGAUGAUUCGAACUCCCGUCCACGACGGAUCGAAUCGGGCCGCUUUCGAUCGUCUGAAGCGAGCUGGUCAUGCACGUGCGCAGACCGACGAUCUCACGCCUCUUCGACGUCGUUGA